CACCCAGUCACUUGCCCUGACUCCUUCUCACUUUGUACACACCCCCAGCAGGUGCUUUCACUUGUAAUUUAGUUUGCAGUUGGGCUUUAGGCUGUGACUUUCAGGUUAAGUGCAAUUGUACCAAAGAGCCUGGGAGGGUCAGAGACCUUGGGGCUGAGGGCUCUGCGGCAGUGAUCGGGGGGAGAGAUUGAACAGAUUGAGGGGUUCCCUCUGCCUGCUGCACCUCUGUAGCGCCGGGACUGAGGCAAGCGUUUGGUCAGAAACAAGACAAGAGUUCAUCUUUCAUCCUGAACAGAACCAGAGCUGCGCUGCAUCUACCAUCAUCCACUCAAGUCUUUGCCUCUGGCCAUCAGAGCAUCUUUGCCUCGGUCCAGUUAUGUCAAACUCAGUGGGCAGUUUAUCGGAAGGCACAGUGUACGGGUCCCGGAUUGGGAUGACAGAGGACUCCCUCACUAUUCUGGAGAGAAACAGGGGCUCUGGAGAGCCCUGGGACAUGGGGGAGACCAAACCGAAUGUGGAAACUCUAGAGCGUGGUCUUUACCUCUCCUGCUUUGACAUGCUUCUCACUGAAGAUGCGGCGUGGCUCGUGAAAGUUUCAGAGGCCUCCCAGACGCUGGCCGUACCCAUGGCUCACAUGGAGCCCCGGGAAGAGCCAGAGCAGUGCCCCGUCAUCGACAGCCAGGAACAGGGACUCUCUCCGGGGCUGGAGGGCCAGGAGGAGGAGCGGUCUCUGGAGCAGGUGCAGAGCAUGGUGGUGGGAGAAGUGCUGAAGGACAUUGAAACAGCCUGCAAACUGCUCAACAUCCCCCCAGAUCCUAUAGAGUGGAACACAGGGAAUGUGCAGAAGUGGCUGCUGUGGACCGAACAUCUGUACAGGUUGCCUCACGCAGGAAAAUCUUUCCAGGAGCUGACGGGAAAGGACCUUUGUGUCAUGAGCGAGGAGGAGUUUCGCCAGCGCUCGCCGCUCUGCGGGGACACGCUGCAUGCACACCUGGACAUAUGGAAGUCAGCUGCCUGGAUGAAAGAGAGGUGUUCAGUUGUAGAUACCAAAACUACAGGCAACGAAGAGCUUUGGUCUGAAGCAGAUUCAUCCUGUUCAGGUCAGCCUAUCCAUCUGUGGCAGUUCCUCCGAGAACUCCUGCUCAAACCUCACAGCUAUGGACGCUGCAUCCGCUGGCUCAAUAAAGAAAAAGGUAUUUUUAAAAUUGAAGACUCAGCUCAUGUUGCGAGACUGUGGGGACUCAGAAAGAACCGACCGGCUAUGAACUAUGACAAACUGAGCCGCUCCAUACGUCAGUACUACAAGAAGGGCAUAAUCCGUAAGCCUGACGUGUCUCAGAGACUGGUGUACCAGUUUGUUCACCCAGUAUGAGGCUGCAGCAGAGUGGGAGGAGAAGGAGGAGGAGGAAGAGAUGGAAACCUACAAAUUAAAAGGACACACUAUCCGACCAUGCACUUGAACACCUAAGUCCUGAGAUGAAAAGAUGACAGGAGACACAUGCACUGACCAACCCCAAUGGCACACACUUCCACUGCCAGCACAGAACAGCUGGCAGCCACUGCAUGAAGGCAGAUCUGUGCAUGGGCCGAGAGGAAGAGUCAAACCAGUGUGGCUGCUGAGGCUUUUUCCUGCUGCACAAUGAAACAACCAGAGAUUUUUAAAAAGAUGAAAAAUAAAAUGAACUGCCUUUUCA